AUAUAGGCCUACUAACCCUACAGCUAUAGUAUAACCUUAACUCAGUCCUUCUCAACCUUUUUCGAAGCGAAAAAAGGCUUUGUGAACAAGGUAACCCAACCAAAUCAAAUCAAAUGUCAGGCUAACAAUUUUGGUCAUGCCUUAUGGGUUGAGAAGCACGACAUAACAGUAACAUAGUUUAAGUUUCUGUUUACGGGUCUGACUUGAUACUCUAAUAUAAAUUGUUACUUUGUGUUUGUGUUUGUUCAUUAAACCCAUAACAGGAUACAGGUAUGCACAUCCAACCUACAUAGCAGGCACAUCACAUCCCCACAAAUUCAUUAGGAUUUAACCCACCACUUCCUCUUAGUCAACAUUAGCAAUAUGGCAUCCGUAAACAUAAGUGACUAAUGGAACUUUCCUUAACUUGUAAUACAGUAACAAAGGUCAUAUUAAUAUAGAAAAGGAAAGUAUAGGAAGUAGCAAAACUAAACCUCCAGUCCUAUAACACACAAAAUUAUAAAAAGUUGACAUCAUUUCUUGAAUAAAAUGAAAAAUUGUUACCAACUUACCACCAACAAACAUUUAUCUCACAUUUACACAUAUUUAAAAUUAUUCAUUUUUGUUUUUAGUAAGUAUAAUUUUGCUGUUAACUUCCUUCUUUUCAUUGAUUUUUAAGUAAAAUGAUGUUUUUUGAUCAAAUAAUGUUAUGGAAAUAAUGCUGGCUUAAAUUUUUGGUUAAAAGACCCCUCUGAUAAAAGACCAACAAACAGACAUGUCAUAUAAGCUGUUCAGUUACAAUACCCUUUUUUGAUAAGAGUGAGGUGUGAAGUUAAACCAAACUAGAUGCACUAAUACCAGAUUAAAUGUUUUGUUUCAGAUACUAAAUUUUGUUCUUUUCUUUGUGUAAAUUACAUGCCUAAUAUUUUAUUAAGCAUUAAUGUUACUUCAUUGAGAUUUAAACCUAAACCAUUUCAAAAACAAACACUUUACAUUAACCAACAAUAGAAACUAAUUAUAAAUAGCCAAAGUAUUAAUUAGUAACGGUAUAUUAACUUUAAACAGUCCUUGUUGUUUUCAUACGACAACCUUGGUAAUAAUUAUAUCAAAAGACUGUAUGGUUGAUUUCACUUGAAUACAUGCUACAAGUGGCAUAAAAUAUAAUAGCAAUGUAAUGGGGCAAGAUUUGGUUACAUAACAGAUUGUCCAGCAUACUGUAAUACAGGACCUAUAAGCUUUUUAGAAUAAAAACUCCAGUAUAGAAUUUUUAUAGACUGUAUUAUUGUGUUUAGUGUUUACUUCCCUAAUUUCACCAAGUUUUGCUUAUUGGUUAAGAUUUAUUUUCUAAGCAAUUAAGUAAAAUGAAAUCAUAUUAUUUGUUGAUAAUAGCCAUUGUCUUCAGUUCUGCAUUGGAGUCUUUAGCCCAAGAUGAUGAUACAACUAUAAGGUGGAGGUGUCCUCAUAUUAAACCAAUAAAGCGUGAACAAUGUAGUGAAUCUGAUGAAAUGAAUCAAAUCAUUUGUGAAAGAACAAGAAGUUGUUGUUUUGACGAUACAGACCCAGAUGCAAUCAACUGUUUCAAGAAUCUGGAGUGUGAGGUGAAUGCAGAUGAACGUACGUCUUGUGGAUGGCCUGGGAUUGAACAAGGACAAUGUGAAGAUAUACCUUGCUGUUUUAACCAAGACAACAAUGGACAAACAGACUGUUACCAACCAGUGGAAUAAGAAAUAAUCUUACUGGGAAAAAAUUUGAUUUACUUUGAAAAAACUUUUGAACUUAGUUUUCAAACAUGAUGGAUUUAUUACCAAUGACUUUGCACUGAAUACAUUUUCUCCCUGAACAGUGAUGCUACAAAAUAUUCAAUGGUUGUAAAAAUUAAAGUAGAAUUUGCAAUGUUUUCUGUUGAUAAUGCAUUGUACAUAACAUUGUACAGACAAAAUGAAAAUAUAACAAAUUCAUUCUGCUGUUGCUACUAUGCAUAAUAUAAUUUUAAGAAGCCCA